GCUAACAUACUUUUUUGAUAAUCUGUCGCUAAUCCGUUGCUAAAUAGGUUUUAGCGCGGAUUUGCUGUUUAGCUACAGAAUUCGUCUAUCGCUAAUUUCUAUUUUUUAGUAGUGAUAACAAGUGUAAAAGAGCAAAGCAAUCUUGUCCUGCAGUUUGGUGAGAAAUGGUUCAUGUUGCUGUGUCUUCGCUCAUUCGAACAGUCAAACAACUCUUGAAAAGAAGUCCACUUGGGGUCAGUGAUGAAACAAUUAAAUUGUGGGAAUCUGUCCUUGAUAGUCUUGAAUAUAUUUCAAAAUUUAUUGUGGAAACUAGUAAGAGAAGGCAAGAUUCUGAAAAGAUUAAAGAGUUGGAGAGAAAGAUUAGAGCUGCAGCUGAUGAAACAAAAUGUAUGAUUGGACUAAAGAUAUAUGAAUUUAAUCUUCUGGAAGGCUCAGAAGUUGGAACAGGAAGCCAAGGUUUAUGCAAAACCUUGCUUCCAAUUGUAGAAAAGUUUGAUGCUUUCAAGAGGGAGUUGAGCGGAAGCAGUUUUGAUGCAAAUGAGGAUUUACAAUCAUCUAGACAUGUUGCAAAUCCGAAUAUAGAAAAUGUCGCUGUGGGUCUUGAAGAUGAUUUGAUGAAAAUCAUGAGAAGAGUGAAAGGGCCACCAUCUACUCGUGAAAUAGUCUUUAUUUUGGGAAUGGGUGGAAUAGGUAAGACCACUCUUGCAAAAAUUGCAUAUGAUCAUCCUGAAAUCAGGUAUCGCUUUGACAUCCAUGUUUGGGUGACAGUAUCUCAAGAAUAUCGAAUUAGAAAUUUGUUGUUGUGCAUUCUUUCUUGUAUUUCUCAAGUGACAAAUAAGAUUGAAAAUGAGACUGAUCAAACAAACGAGAUUAAGAAACAGACUAAUGAUCAGUUGAUGGAUAUGAUAUAAAAAAGUUAAAGCGUCGGAGGUAUCUCGUGGUCAUGGAUGAUAUCUGGAGUAAUGAUGUUUGGGAUCUAUUGACAAGAAUUUUUCCGGAUGAUAAUAAUGGGAGUCGAAUAAUUUUGACCAGUAGGCUCAAACAUGUCGUCAUGCAUGCUGAUCCAGACAGCCAUCCUCACGAGAUGAGCCUUUUAAAUUUAGAUAAUAGUUGGAAGUUACUUCAUGAAAAAACAUUUGGGGCAAAACAUGUUUGCCCAGCUGGAUUAGAGGAUAUCCGGAAGAAAAUAGCACAAAAGUGCCAAGGACUGCCUUUAGCUCUUCUAGUGGUUGCAGGGCAUCUCUCUAAAAUUGAGGGAACACGACAAAGUUGGGAAGAUGUUGCCAAAAGUAUGAGUAAAGUUGCUGCUAGUGUACCUGAAAAAUGUCUGGGAGUGCUUUCUUUGAGUUACAGUUACUUGCCAAAUCACUUAAAACCAUGCUUCCUUUCUAUGGGAGCUUUUCUAGAGGAUUUUGAGGUUAAAACUUGGAGAUUGAUCCAAUUAUGGGUUUUCUAAGGAAAGAAAGGGUCAAAAGCUUGGAAGAAGUGGGAAAAGACUGUUUGGAGGAUCUUGUUAGUAGAAAUCUGAUAAUGGUUAGAAAGAUGAGAUAUAACGGAGAGUUGAUAACAUGUGCUGUUCAUGAUCUGGUGCGCCACUUGAUUUUAAGUCAAGCUGAGAAAGAGAAGUUCUUGCAGGUUAAAAGAAUUCAUCAAGUAUCUAAUAGCACGUCUCGUUUUCAUCGCUAAAGUUUCCAUUCAGACAUUACACAGGGUGAAUCCUGGAAGUCAGCGCCUAGUCUGGCCCGAACAUUGUACUACUUCAAUGGACGAAGACUUGCAUCGCCCCCUUCUAAACUAGUUCCUCUUUUGACACACUUCAAACUUCCAAGAGUUUUGGCGAUCCUUCAAGUUACGUUUCAGCAUUUCCCCUUUGAGAUAACAAAGUUAGUAAAUCUGAGAUACCUUGAAUUCAACUGUCAUGAUGAUCUUCACAGGUCAGCGUUUGAACUUUAUAAACUGCAGACGUUGGUUUUUGGACACGAAUAUUCAGUUUUACCCACGUGGAUCUGGGAGAUGAAAGAUUUAAGGCAUCUUCAUGUAACAGGUAUCUCUUCUUUCAGUAUCCCUUCAUCUAAGGUAGAGUCUGGUUUCAAGCUACAAAAUCUAGAGGGACUUUCCGCUCCACUUUUUUCCAGCUGCACUAAGGAAUUGUUUACCGGUAUUCCCAAUCUAAAGAGGUUGAAAAUUCAUGGAGCCUGGGGAGAAUGCACGCGCAAGAUGAUUUUGCGGAGCUUAAAUAACCUUUCUUGCUUGAAUAAACUCGAAAUACUGAAGUUCGUCUGCAGCAGAAAAGUACUUCCUCUCCCAGUCCCGAGUAAGUAUGUUUUGCCUGUAUCUCUAAAAAGGUUAACUCUAAAAAGGACAUACUUACCAUGGGAAGACAUGGAAAAUAUUGUAAUGUUGCCAAACCUGGAAGUGCUUAAAAUCGAAGAUAGACGUUUCUACGGUAAAGUAUGGAGAUUAAAUGAUGAUGAGACAUUCAAUCAACUUAAGUUGCUUGUAAUCGAUUGGACGAAUCUGGAGAACUGGGAAGCUGGCAGUGUUAACUUUCCAAAUCUGCAGCAUCUAGUUUUGAAAGGAUGUUUAUACCUGGAGGAAAUCCCUAAAGAUUUCGGGGAAAUUUAUACCCUGGAGUCAAUAGAGCUGCAUCAAUGCAGCAGUUCUGCUGCAAAAUCCGUGAAGGAAAUUCAAGAAGAUCAAGAGAGCAUCGGAAAUGAUUGCCUCAGCGUCCAAAUCUAUGAUAAUCCUUGGUAUUUUUAAUGUCAAGUUCAAGAUCACUGAUCAUGACUCGAAGAGAAUAUUGAUGUGUGUUUCGUGGAUCUCCAGUAGUGGAAAGCUCUUUGUCCUAGAUCAAGAAAGCAAUAUCAUCCUGCAACACAUUUAUAAACAUAUAUGUAAUAGCUAUCUUUCAAUCUUUCACAUUGAUUAUUGUUGGUAUUGAUCAUCCUAACUACACAUAUCUUUCACUUUCAUUACGAUCGCUAGCUAACUAGAAAACCGUAACUUCAAAAAGGAAUCUUCACUUUGUUCUAUGACUACGAAUAUGCAGAUAAUCUAACUCUGAGUUAUGUUCUAAGACUCUG